AUGUCGUCCGAGGAGGAACGCCAGCAGGCCCUCGAUGCCUACCGAUCCGAGCUCCUCAAGUCGAGGGAGCUCGAGACGAAGUUGAAGGACUUGCGCCUGGAGAUUAGGGAACUACAGAAGGAGUUUGACCGCACCGAAGACUCCAUCAAGGCGUUGCAAAGUGUAGGCCAGAUUAUCGGUGAAGUCCUCAAACAGCUACCAGAUGAGCGAUUCAUCGUCAAGGCCUCCUCUGGGCCACGGUAUGUGGUCGGCUGCCGAACGAAGCUCGACAAGGAGAAGCUGAAGCAGGGAACACGCGUCGCCCUCGACAUGACAACACUCACCAUCAUGCGCAUGCUCCCUCGCGAAGUCGACCCUCUCGUCUACAACAUGUCCCUUGAGGAUCCCGGCCAGGUAAACUUUGCCGGUAUUGGUGGCCUGAACGAUCAGAUUCGCGAACUCCGCGAACCCCCCAAGGGCGUCCUCCUAUACGGCCCCCCUGGUACCGGAAAGACCCUCCUGGCACGUGCUGUUGCAUCUAGUCUCGAGACAAACUUCCUGAAGAUCGUUUCCUCUGCCAUCGUCGACAAGUACAUCGGAGAGUCAGCCCGUUUGAUUCGAGAAAUGUUCGGCUACGCAAAGGAGCAUGAACCCUGCAUCAUCUUCAUGGACGAGAUUGAUGCCAUUGGUGGUCGAAGAUUCUCUGAGGGUACCAGUGCGGAUCGUGAAAUCCAGCGGACGCUCAUGGAGCUGCUCAACCAACUCGACGGUUUUGAUUACCUUGGCAAGACAAAGAUCAUCAUGGCCACCAACCGACCCGAUACCCUCGACCCCGCUCUUCUCCGUGCCGGCCGUCUCGAUCGUAAGAUUGAGAUUCCUCUGCCUAACGAGGUUGGGCGACUGGAGAUUCUCAAGAUCCACGCUGCCGGUGUCAUCACCGAUGGCGAGAUUGAUUUUGAGAGCGUAGUCAAGAUGAGCGAUGGACUGAACGGUGCUGAUCUGCGCAAUGUUGUUACGGAAGCUGGCCUCUUCGCUAUCAAGGACUACCGUGAUGCCAUCAGCCAAGACGAUUUCAACAAGGCCGUUCGCAAGGUUGCCGAGUCGAAGAAGCUCGAGGGCAAGCUUGAGUACCAGAAGCUCUAG